AUGACAGUAUUCUUAAAAACUGGUGGCUUUUCAAGUUUGGAACAGAAGAAUGCAAAGAUCUUGUUUUCUGACUUCUUAUUGGUCAGACGUGAACCACUGGCUCUUAUCAACCUCAAAAAGAAAAACGAAGAAACUGGGGAAGAAGAACUUGCCUCACGCUUAAAUCACUGCAAAGCAAAGGCCACCAGACACAUAUUCCUUAUCCGUCAUUCCCAGUACAAUUUGCAUGGCCUGUCUGAUAAGGACAGAACUCUGACUCCCCUGGGUCGAGAGCAGGCUGAACUGACUGGACACAGGCUGGCAAGUUUGGGAUUGAAGUUUGAUCAGAUUAUCUACUCCUCCAUGACUAGAGCAACUGAAACAACUGAAAUAAUAAGCAAACAUCUCCCAGGAGUCAAAAAAAUCAGUACUGAUCUGCUGAGAGAGGGAGCACCUAUAGAACCAGACCCUCCAGUCUCUCACUGGAAACCAGAAGCUGUGCAGUACUAUGAAGAUGGAGCUCGGAUCGAGGCUGCUUUUCGAAACUUCAUCCACAGAGCUGAUGCCAAGCAGGAGGAGGACAGCUAUGAGAUCUUCGUCUGCCACGCCAACGUCAUCCGCUACAUCGUGUGCAGAGCUCUGCAGUUCCCCCCAGAAGGCUGGCUGCGAAUGUCUCUCAACAAUGGCAGCAUCACCCACCUGGUGAUCCGGCCCAACGGACGAGUGGCCCUUCGGACGCUGGGGGACACGGGGUUCAUGCCUCCCGAGAAAAUCACGCGCACCUGAAUGAGCAGAACUGUUGGCUGGGCAGGAGCU